AUGUCGCCGCCGACGCAGGUUACGUACCGGUCCACCUUUGAGCCCUUCACCACCGAUGGUGAGUUAGCAGCCCCUUCGUUGAAGCUGAAAGCAGAGUACAUGUACCCUGAGGCGGAGAGCUGGCGCCUGUCUUUCAAGUGGACAACCUCAUCCUUGAAAGACAAUGUGAGCUCCGAUGCUUGGUCGCAAGCUGAUCCCAGGCUAAACCCGACGCUUAUGGGCUCUUCACAACACUUUUGGUUCACCACGUUCCUGCCCCGCAUUGCCUUCCUAACUCACAGAAGGGUAACCAGCGAGGAAGUCGACGGACGGCUCGGCCAGCUCAUCACCAACAUGCUCUACAUGUUCCACGUGCACGUCACCGACCCACAAACGGGGAGUCGCUACGCGGUAGGCCAAGAGAUCCUUGAGGCUGUGAGGGCUAUCCGGGAUACCCGCGCAAUCCCGUGGUCAGACGAGCACCCAUGA